CAACAGCGAUGUCGCCUGUAGAACAUCGCUGUUCUGGUCAAAAUUUUCAAAAAAAAAAUCCGUUGGCAGCAGCAUUAACUUCUCCAACAGUCACUUUUUUGAAAUUUUGGACGUUGGAGGCCUCCUUUUCUAUAAAUUGGAGCCUCCACUCCUUAUUUUUACACACACAAACACAAUUCUCUCCCUUCUUUUUGCAUAAUUCAUCCUCCUUACAAGUUUUUUUUUUCAAAUCUCCUCAUCAUGGCCAAAGAUAAGAACAGGGCAGGAGGUUCCGGCAAAUCCAAGGCUAAAUCCCGGGCUCCAUCCACGACCUCCGAGGAACGCCUCUACUACGGUGAUGGGUCGUACCUCUGGUUCGAUUCCGAGGAGGAGCGCACCCGAUUUCUCACCUUUUUCUCCAAACGGGUUGUGGCUCCCCCACGAAUCAUCCCGGAGCGCUACCCGGAGUUGCAGGGCUACGACGACCUCGACGCGCAGCUCCAUCAUGCCGGUCUUUGGCCGUUCGUCUCCCGGGCGCGCAAGAAGAUCAACCCGG